AGUUUUCACCUUCCCUCCUAGAAGUUCAUCAUGGUAAUGGAACAACAGAGAAGGUGUAUGAGCUGAUUCCUGGGACAAAGAUGCAGCAGGAUGCUCUGAAAGACUGCAAGAGCAAAGGCAGAGAUCUGGCAARUAUCCUUAACCAGAAAGAACAGGAUGCCUUUGAUGAGGUGACUACAGCGGCCGCCUGGAUUGGACUUGAGCACAACAACACACAAUGGRAAUGGUCAAACGGAGAACCAUUUCAGCAAUGGGAAAACACCAGGGUAGAUGGAAACUGUGUACAGCUGAACAGAAAAUGGACACCAAAAGAUUGCUCUCGUCAAAGUGCUUUCCUUUGCUAUGGAGAUGAACGUCCACUUAACACCACUGGGGAUUUGACCACUCCUGUUACCCCUGAAACCACCAGCCCUACUUCAACUGGACCUCCCUCUAUCAAGACGUCCWCCACAACACCUACCACCUCACCAACUACCACUACUAAGGGACAGWCCACCACCUCACCACCUACCACUACUAAUGGACAGUCCACCACCUCACCAACUACCACUACUAAGGGACAGUCCACCACCUCACCAACUACCACUACUAAGGGACAGUCAACCACCCAUCACCACCUACCAACUAUAAUGGACAGUCCACCACCUCACCAACUAACCACUACUAAGGGACAGUCCACCACCCCUCACCAACUACACACUACUAAGGGACAGUCCACCACCUCACCACUACCACUUCUAAUGGACAGUCCACCACCUCACCAACGACCCACUAAUGGACAGUCCACCACCUCACCAACUACCACUACUAAGGGACAGUCCACCACCUCACCAACUACCACUAUUUAA